AGAGUAAGGGAUAAAAACUCUUCAGGAAAACUGAAAAAAAAAGCCUUUCUGUUUGCUUGUCUGUGAUGAACAGAUUGAGUUUGAGGGUGACAAAGACACCUCUGAGGACAGCUCUGACACCUGUGAGGAAUUUCUGUCUCCAGCAUUAUCUGGACUUCCAGAUGUAGACGUUUUCAGCAAAAUUUGCACAUACUUCUUCCAUGUAAUUGACCGCACUUUGUUGGAUAUGAAUAGACUGCAGUUUGUAAGUUGGGAACCUUAACAUACUUUAAUGGACUUUUUUUUCCCUGCACCCGCAGCCUUCAGGACAACUUAYUGAAGGCAGCAAUGGAACGAUUUGGAGUGAAGUCGCCCCCUUCCCGGAACCGCUCCAAGACUGCCCUGUACGUGACGCCUCAGGAUCGUGUAACCGAGUUUGGCAGCGAGCUGCACGAAGACGGGGGGAAACUGUUCUGUACCUCCUGCAACGUGGUGCUCAAUCAUGUCCGCAAGUCGGCCAUCAACGACCACCUCAAGUCCAAAACGCACACGAAGCGCAAGGCGGAGUUUGAAGAGCAGAACGUGAGGAAGAAGCAACGGACUCUGACUGCCUCCCUUCAGUGCAACAGCACUGCUCAGACAGAAAAGAACAGCGUCAUCCAGGACUUUGUGAAAAUGUGCCUGGAAGCGAAUAUUCCGCUGGAGAAGGCCGACCACCCGUCCGUGCGGGCCUUCCUGUCCCGCUACGUCAAGAACGGCAGUUCCAUACCCAAGUCGGACCAGCUAAGGAAAGCCUACCUGCCCGACGGCUACGACAACGAGAACCAGCUCCUCAGCACCGAGGACCGUUGAGAAGAAAACUCUUUUCCAUCGUCGUUGUGAAGUUUUACCUAUUGAUGGCGUCGUUUAUUUUUAUAUCCAUGCAUAUAUACAGUGUUACAUAUUGGUUUUACAAGCUAUUUUGUAUUCUUGUAGAAAUGACAAUCCGUUUGUGAACUUAGUGACGUGCCGCCCGCUGUCGCUAGCCCUGCUGUGGACUUCAGAGCUGCCUCCAUGCAGAACUCGCAGCGACRCGGGGAGCAGCCCCGGCAUCCGCCCUGCCCGCGUCGGGUCCCGCCGUGGGAAAAAGGCACUUGGAUGGAGGACCUCGCUUGCCUCCGCUGCGCAUCUCUGUGCAUGGAAGAGGAUGGGGUAGCAACGGGUAGUUGCAUCCGUGGAUGGCUUUGUGCAGGAUCCUGCCCGUGGCUGGCCGAGAACAAGUACUGCACGCUUGAAGUGCAGGAAGCUGUAGAAUGGUUUGUUAAAGCAUAACGGAUAUUUGGGGGGAAGAUUAUUGAUAAUUCCUGACAAAGUUUGGUUUAUGUUCUAAAAGAGAACACUUUUUUCUUCUGGAAUACUGUUAUCCUAUCAGAUACCACUGUGUAUUCAUUAUGCAGCUUAACAGCCUCCCUCUUGUAAGGAGCUCUGGACUUCACUAUGCUCGUAAGCAAGGAGUUCUGCCGGUUCCCCAUGCACACUUUUUAAAUCACCAUUCCCUUUUCUCAGUUUGACUUGUUCGCUUUUGUUUCAGUGCCAAUCUUGGAAUAUUAAAUUGACAAACUACUAAGUGUGUGUGGUUUGCAAUGCAGCUGCUGGCCAAUGAAAAAUUACAUUGGACCAAGAUGGAGGUGGAGAGAAUUAAUGCCCAUUUCUUUUUUGCUGGACAAAAACCGGCAAACCUAAACCUAAACUGGACAAAAACUGGUGAACCUAAACUGGGGGUAGGGGAGGCAGGAGGUAGUGGAGUUGAGCAGGCCUGUGAUGGUGCCUGGAAAAGGGGCUUCUCAGUCUCUCCGUGGUGGUCGUUUACUUUUCUGAUCUUAUCUUCAUUCUUCUAAUCAAAGGAGGCAAAGUGAUUAAAAUAGUUUUCAAARUAGUUACUGCAAAGGCUGUUCAGUAUCUGCAGGCACGACUAGGAAAGCUUUGAGGCUACAGUGGAAGUACAGACCGGUGUUAUAUUUUCUUUUCUGUGCCAAGACCAUAUUUACUGCAAAGGAAAACUGAAAGAUUUUAAUAAUGUUGCCCUCUAUUAAUCUAAUAAAUUACCACUAAACUAUUUCCAAGCUACUAUGCCAAAUAAUCCACUCAACAUCAGUGGUCUAUGAAGUUUUUGAAUUCGAGGAGGGAGUAUUGUGCAAGGUGUGGGGACACGAGCAACUUCUGCCUGCCUCCUUCUCUGGAUUCCCCUUAGAAACUCUAGAUAAAGGAGAUGCCAAGCAUGUCCUAGUAACAGAAAUCCUUCACUCCGUGGAAUGUGCUUUAUCUCUCCCUCAAAUAGAGCUGGUGGUUCUGUUCAGCUUCCUUUCCCCUCACAAAAUUUCACAGCAUUUUACUCUUUUUGUCUUAGCAAAGUUAGUGAAUUGCUAAGAAACCUGCAGUAAACCGUUUUAUUUUGUUUCUGUGCAGAUGCCAAGAGCAGAGCAUCUCUUUCCGGAUUAAAACAGACUUACAUAGUGUAUAUGUACACUGAGGAGGUGUGCUUGUUUUACAGUGUAACCAUUUUUUGCAGCCUUCUGUUAGAAGAGAUGUUUGUGUAGUUGAAAAACCAACAACUAAACAAGCCAAGCAGAAGGCUGCCAGUCCCUGAGUGUCGGCACACAGGUGCCGGGCACCCUGCUGCACCUGCAGUGUCUUCCGCGGGUGGCAGGACUCCGUGCAGUCACAGCAGCCCUGCCGAGGAUGCUGGUGUCUGCUUUAGAUCUUAGGCCAGAAGUAACAGAAGCAUUUCCCCCCCCCCUUUAAUCCCACAUAUCAAAAUAGAGCUUCCCCCAAAUCAUUUGCUAUUGGGCAAACUUGGGUUUAGCUUAAGAUCAUGAGCUGCCUUGGGCUACUACUGUUUCAUAAAUCCUCURAAGGCAAGUGAGAGGUACACUGCCAAGAGCUUUUUUUCUGCCCCAAGAAUAACUGCGAGUCUUUUUGCUAUUGCAGUUKCAGUGGAGGGAAACAACAUCCUUGCCCUUCUGUUUGCUUCGUUCUAAAGCUUAUAAAUGCUGUCUUAGACUUGGAGCAAACAGCAAACAAUGCAGUAUUGAGGAAACAAGCUCCCAUUAAAACACGAGCAUUAGGGGGGAAUGUAUGUAUGAUGGGUGUGAAUCUGAGCUGCUUAGCUCAGUCCUUGCUAACUGGGAGAUUCACAAGCUGAAUCACAACCAUUUUAUAUACGGUUUAGCAGGUAGUUAGUUUUCUGCUAGAUUGGCAGACUGACAGACAYGUUGAAAAGCUUAAUGACAAGCUUAUCAUUAAAUAUGCUCUUGAUCAACUGAGAAUGAUCUCAGGUGUGAUGAAGAUGUUUAUUUCAGAUGAAGGUGUUUAUUUCAAAGUAAACAGUUAACAAUAUAAGCAACUUUUGCUUAAAAAAACAGUUAUCUUCAAUAGGGCAAAAACAACAUCUAGUGUUUCAAAAGCUUGCUCUCCUUGUAACGCAAAAAUCUAUAUAUAGAACCUCCAUUUACUGAGUUAGUAACAUUUAUUUUUAAUGCAGAUGAUACCACCCUCCAGAGAAACCUCAUCGGUGUAGCCAUAGACUUCUGACUUUUAGCAGUUUGGAAAUAAAAACAGAGCAUCAAGAUUUUGAAUGGAACUGCCUUAAUCUGGACUUAUUUCAAAUGUACAGCAGCUUAUGGGACAAUGAUGGCUUAACAAUAGGAUACUUAUGUUAGAAAUAAAAAAAAMCCCAGGGGUUAUAAAAAUCAAAUACUGAAUCAUUACAGGAAACGCCCACAGUGGAAUAAAGCAAUGAAAAAUGAAGCACUUGUAGAUAAUCUCAAAAUAACAAUGUACAAGUGAGUUUAUAUUUAUCACCAACACCAACUAUCAACAAGACAGUUAUACUUAUUUUCUUUUAAAACAAAAGUGGUUCCACUCAGUCUUGGAACUGAAUUCUGCAAAUGCUCAGGUUCAAACCAUAAUUUUGUCAUUGUAGCUGUAGUUGGACAAAGCAUAACCUUAGCUUCAUUAUUACUGAUCUUUGGGAAGUUUGACAAUGGAAGUUACUUUCUGUUAUAUCAAAGCCCAAGUAAUAACAAAUUCCUAGAAAAGAGACUGUGGUUUAAGUUGUUUAACAGUCUCUAUGGGGUUUUCCUUUUUCUUUAAGGGCACUGCAUUAUUUUGCCAUGUAUUUCCUGUAAAGAAUAUUCUCAAAAAGAGGACAGUACAAACUUCUGCUUAUAUAAGGGCUAGCUUUAAGGGAUACUUUUCUGCCAGCUGAUCUUAUUCAUAUAUUUGAAGUUCGAAAUGAACUUAAAAAGAAAACCAAAACAACCUACUCUGACCAUGUACUUACAUUAGUUUAGCCUAUGACGGCUAAUGUGACUUUGAAGUGCUAUUCUUAGAACGACACUUUCAAGGACUGAAGUACGAGACAAAACCAAUACUCUCCAUUUUGUGACUCCUUAGGUGUAUGUGCCGUGUUAGUUCCGGCUUGCACAUUCCUGGAAAACCAUAAACAAAGUUCUAAUACUUYAAGCAUUUCGAAGCCUUUAAAUUAGCUGGUCAUUAGAAGAGGUGAGACAUUYGACACAAUGGAAGGAAAAGCUGUUUUUCGAUAGAGAGAGAAACUUGAUUCYGCAGAGUAUGGGAUAUUCUCAUGAUAGAAGGACUGUUUUUAGUCUGCCCCCCCCCACUUUGGUGAUUCUGUUGAACUGAACAGUGAAAUACUCCCUGCUAGGUUUUACAGCAUAAUGAGCAUUUUUUCAGGAAAAGAAAAAGAAGAGCUGGAGGUCUGGCAGGGRUGAUCUCUAUUUAUAUUUACAUAUAGC